GUCAUCAUCAUCAUCACACGUGAGAUGGUGAGUGGAGGAGGGGGCGCCAGACUGACUACACGGAGGAGCAUCGAGCAAGGGAGGAGAGACCAACACAGACAAUCUCCAUCAUGAGUGUAACCAGCAUGAAUUGUAUUAGCAUGCAAACAAGCCAAGUGUGAUGGGGAACCCUCAACCUGCAUUUGAAGGCUAGCAAAGUCUUAUGAGGACACCUCGGCGAGACUGCGAGGAAAAAGGCGGUAAAGACAUGGGCUGCGGCGGGAGCAGGACCGAUGCUCUGGAGCCUCGCUACUUGGAGAGCUGGACCAAAGAGACAGAGUCCACAUGGCUGACAAGCACAGACACCGACAUCCCACUGUCGUCCAUUCAGAGCAUCCCCUCGGAGAGCUCCGAGGCCUGCUUCACCUCAGAGAAGACGGUCAGUCCCGUUCCAGAUUUCUUUGAGGACGUCGACGGCCUGCCGCUGCCCGCUCAGGCGUACAUCAAAGUCUGUUCGACCAAGUCGGAGGCCAGCCUCAGCGAUGUGAAACCCGGGAGCCCUGUGAAGAUGUUGGCGCCUUCGGCUGAGGACGGGGACCUGGAGUCCCCUGGGACGAUGGUGCAGCGCAGAAGUGUCCUACACACUGAAGAAAUUACCAAAUGGCACGACAACCGCAUGUCCACCAAGCAGGUGACCAUCACGGUGACGCAGAGUAUCCACCAGGUGGACAAAAACGGCAAGGUCAAGAAGUCGCUCACCACCUACGAGGUCAUGAAACCCACUGCCGAAACGGUAAAACAGGUGGCCACGCUCAACACUUGAGGGCGCUUUGGUAGGACCCAAAGAAGACAAAAACUAGUAAGGCCUGGCAAGCACACAACGAUGACCAAGAUGAGAAACAGGUUUGUUACAUUCAUUGAUUGUUUUAUGAAAUAAUGUAUAUUUUCAUAGUGAAUUGUUGCUGUGUUAUACUGUGUUUUGGCCGUAGAAGAUGUAAAAAAAAAAUGUUUAUAUUCGCAAUAACCAUAGACAAUGAUGGACACUGUGAGAGCUGACCAAACGAGAAGUCGGUAGCUCCUGCACACCCCCUAGCGGGCAGCUGCUGUAUAGACCAUUCAUUCAAUGACUUCAACAAAAUGGCCCAAACAUUCUGAAAUUUACCCCAGAAAAUAGUGCUUUUUAUGGAAAAUUUAUAAGUCAAAAUAUUUUUGUUUACAUUUUAAAUAAUUAUAUUGUUAUAAAUACGUAUCAUUUUUGUUACAAUUAUAAACUUAUAAUUGUAAUAUUUUCUAAACUGCAAGUAUGUUUACUUGUGUUGUUAUGUUGUUACUUGUUAUGUUGUCAUAAUAAAUCAGAAUAUACACAUAUGUAAUAUAAUAUCCUAUAUUCGGUAUUCACUUAGCUGAAGGGUGUCCAAACUGCAGCCCAAGGGACAUUUACAAUGGUUUUUUUUUGUUUUUUUUUUAAACCCAUUAAUAAUAGAAAGAUUAAAGCUGAAAUAUUAAGAGUAAAGUCACAAUGUUAAGAGAAAGAAAGAGCAAAAAACAAAGUCUUAUUUUUAAAAUAAUUAAGAAAGUUUUAUAUUACAAUAAGAAAGUCAAAUUAUGAGAAUAAAGUCAUAAUACAAGAAAAAAAGAAGUUUAAAUAUUUGUUUAAAAAAAAACACACACAAUGUAGCACAAUGUAGAGAAAGUUUAUACUAAUGGACACCCCCGACUGAAACAUAUGAACUGUAUAUAUUGUGCUCAGUUUUACUUUGUAGUGUAGUGCAGCCAAAAAAGUAUGCUUUCAGAGUUUAUUUGGAGAAUAAUUGACUUAUUUUGACUGAGAUAAAUAACAAUAAAGCAGGGAAUGAAGGCCAUUGUUUUUUUGUUUUUCAUCCACUGUGAUGAAUAGACAGAUCCAGUACAAGAGCUGUAUCAUACCCUAUGUCGAAUCUAUCAUCACAACAAAAAGUGAAUGGAUACAAUUUAAUGACUUGCACAAUCUUUUAAGUGGGAAAGGUUGUAACGGUGUAUUAAACUCAAAAAUAAAUACUUUGUCGUAAUGAUAAAAGGGCACAUGUCUCAGGAUGCUGACAUUUGAAGAUUGCACUAUUAAGAGUGAAGCCUGGCCUGGAGUGUGUUUGUUACGAUUUCAUGUGUCGUUUGUACUCUUGUGUCCUUUGUUCUGUCUGGAUUUCUGUGUUUUUUAAUGACAAUAAAAAAUAAAGUAACAUAAACAGGUCCUUGUUUUUUUUUGUAUCAGUAACUAACAUCCGAGUUAAGUAGCUACUAAAAGGUCUGAGCAGACCUGGGGUCAGCUCGUUGCUGAGAGAGUGUGGAUGUGGUUGUGAUGGUCGUAAUGUAUCUGUCCCGAUCUGAAGCCGGGCUCCUCCAUCUCC